AGAUACACUACCAUACGUAUCUGUGCUUGACUGCUUGUGCAACUUUCAUGCUUGUAUUUCAUUUGUACAUUCAUAAAUUCUAUGAUUGAUUAAUCAAGAACAUUUUUUAUGUGAUCGAUCUUCACUAAUUUUCAGUAUGUUGGUCAAAGCGUUGUUUAAUAAUAUUUAAUAACACGACUCGGUACAGACACAGUGAAGUGACUACAAAGAUAGGCUACAGGCUACGGGACACAGGUGCACUACUGUUAAUGCCAGUGAUUUGACGAGUCGACGACGCACGGCAGCUAUUAACAUCACUUCGUAAAGUAAAGGUCGGCGGCAGGCGGCGGGCGGUGACCCCUCGAGAUGGCGGAGGCGCACUCGGCCGUGGCGUUCUCGUUCGCGAUCACGCACGACGGCUGGGACGUGAACUUCGACCGCGAGGUGCUGUACCUCGUGUGGGAGUCCGGCUUGCGCUCCUGGAAGAAGCGGCUGGCGAGGUUCAGGAACAGCAUCCACAACGGCGUGUACCCCGGCCACCUGCAGUCGCUGUACUUCCUGUGGACGGUGCUCGCGGCGGCGCACUUCGCCGGCUUCGACAUACCCUUCGGCUUGGUGCAGAAAGCCCUGACCCUGCUUCCCAGCGAGUCGACGCCGUGGCAAGUGGUCGCCUGCCUGCUGGCCGCGCUCGCCAUGUGGCUGUCGGUCAUCUUCCUGAUGCGCUACGCGCUCAAGCUGCUGCUCAUGUACAAGGGCUGGAUGUACGAGUCGCGCGCGCCGGGCUCCAAGCUGUCGCUGCGCACGGUGCUGUGGGCCAGCGUGGUGAAGGUGCUGUCGGGCUGGAACAAGCCGCGCCUCUACAGCUUCCAGGGCUCGCUGCCGCGCCUGCCGCUGCCCGCCGUCGCCGACACCAUGCGCCGGGUGAGAGAGACCAAGCGUAUGUGCAGGGCUGAUGUACGAGCGCGCACGGUGCUGUGGGCCAGCGUGACUUUGAAGAGAGAGUUUGAAGAGGGCAUAGCGGUCAAGCUGCAGAGAUAUCUGGUUCUCAAAUCGUGGUGGUCGAGCAACUACGUGUCGGACUGGUGGGAGGAGUACGUGUACCUGCGCGGGCGCUCGCCGCUGAUGGUCAACUCCAACUUCUACGGCACCGACACGCUGCUGCGGCCCACGCGCCGGCAGGCCGCGCGCGCCGCCACCGUCAUCCACUUCGCGCUGCGCUUCCGCCGGCUCAUCGAGCGCCAGGAGCUGGAGCCGAUAAUGCUGCAGGGGAUGGUCCCGCUGUGCUCGUGGCAGUACGAGCGGCUGUUCAACACGGUGCGCGUGCCGGGCGUGGAGCGCGACCGCAUCGUGCACUACCAGGACUCGGCGCACGUGUCGGUGCACCACCGCGGCCGCUACUACAAGCUGCUGGUGUACGCGCGCGGCCGCCUGCUCAACCCCGCCGAGAUACAGACCCAGCUGCAGCAGAUCCUGAGCGACGAGGCGGAGGCGGCGCCGGGCGAGGUGCGGCUCGCGGCGCUGACGGCGGGCGAGCGCUCGCACUGGGCGCACGUGCGGCAGACCAUGUUCCAGCGCGGACACAACCGCACGUCGCUGCACUGCAUCGAGCGGGCCGCCUUCCACGUGUCGCUGGAUUGUAUGGCGUACGGGUUCGACGAGAGCGACGUGUCGCGGCUGGACGAGUACGGGCGCGUGUUGCUGCACGGCGCGGGCCACGACCGCUGGUUCGACAAGUCCUUCAACCUGUGCUUCAGCACCGACGGCUCCGUCGGCUUCAACACUGAACACACGUGGGCGGACGCGCCGGUGAUGGGCCAUCUGUGGGAGUACGUCAUGUGGUCAGAGCUGGAGUAUGGGUGAGUUGACUUAUUGUAU